AUGAGCUGCAGAGAGGCAAUGUCCAUUUGUUCCAACAGCUGGCCAAAGUGGGGAUUUGUUUAGUAUGGACACUUUUCCUUAAGGAAAUCCUUUCACUGAGAUUAUGGCUACUUCCAUGCUUUACUGGAUUAUUGGCCUUACUGUAACUCACUUUACUUCUGGAUUGCUGUCUGACUACAAGAUCUGUGGGGAUGCAGAAUGUGAAAGUCGAAUGAGCAGAGUGCAAGCUCUCGAGGAUCACUACAGUCAAGACUGUCGCUUCCUGAGCUUCAGACAAGGAGAUACAAUCUUUGUAUUCCACAAACUGACCGGAAAGAGAGAGGAUCUUUGGGCAGGCAGUAUUGACAGAAGGUUUGGAUAUUUUCCAAAAGCUGCAGUUAAAGAAGAAGAAAUUUAUGCAAAGGUUGAGAAAGUACUAGAAACACAACAAUCCGAUUUCUUCUGUAUGGAUGAGAAUGGCUAUCCAAUCGACACAACUGAAAAGGAGGAUAAUGCAUAUACUACUGACAAAGUAAUUCUUCCAGAAGUUACUCAAACAACACCACCAACACUGGAAAGCCCUUCAGAGGACUCACAUGAAACACCUAUUCACAGAAAAAACAAAAGUGAACAAGAUGAAGAUGGAGAAAAAGUUGAAACUCCAAAAGACCAGUCUGGGUCAUCUUCCUGGCUCAGAUCAUCAGUGACUGGACUAUGGGGGCUUGUAAAAAAAGAUGAUUCAAGUACUAACCCUGAAGAAGAAACGACAAAGGAGAUGGAUGAAUCAUCUGUUGCAUCAUCAGUCACAGAGUGGUUAGGGUUGGGAUCAAAACAUAAUGAAGAAAGUGGCAAUGAACCAGGAUCUCAAGACACUGAAGCCUCUGGUAAUCUUGGCUCUACAAUGACUGGCUGGCUCAACUUUGGCAGUGAAGUGAAAGAGCAAGACACUGCCCAAAGUGCUCAAGUUGACAAUUCAGGUGAGACAUUCAGGAGUAGGAAAAUUGCUCUAGAUUUUGAAGACAACCAUUUGAAUGAAGAAGAGAGCAAAGAGACCGGGACACUUGGAUGGAUUGGUAAUGGGAUUUCAAGUACAUUUGGUUUUGGCUCGAAUAAUAAGGAUUCAGGAGAAAGCAAAUCUGAAGAAAUUGAGAAAAAGUUGGAACCUACGUCAAAUUCUUGGUUUGAUGUUGGUAUCACAGACAUGCUGGGCUUUCGAAAAGAUGCAGCUAAGGAGAAUGGUAACAGGAGAGAAGAUUUACCAGUGUCAGAACAAAGCACAGACACUCAUCCCAAUGUGCCACCACUUGAACAGAUAAAACAACCAGAGGUAAUGGAUGAGAAGGCUGCACAAAUAGGCAAAGAUAUAAAAGAAUCAAAUGAUAAUCACAAUAGUGAAACUAUUGCCAUACAAAGCCUUGCAAGUAAUCACAGGAUAAAGCCAGAGCACAAGAAGUUGCAUACAUUGGAUGCAACUUCCAAGGAAGAUGUGUUUAAAAGUGCUGAAUUUAAGGAUCCAGAAGAGCUAGGUGAAGACAUGACUAUUUCGAGUAACAGUGAAUCCACUUAUGAUUUUCAAUCAAUUUAUGAACAAGAUUCGCUGCCGUUGGAACACAGCAUCACACUGGCAAAGAUAGACUUAAUAUCAGAAAAUAUCACAGACUCACAGAUGGAUGAAUUGACUCAAAAUGGUUCAGAGUUUGAAAUAUCAGAGACAGAAUUACAAAUGAAUGAAGGAGAGAGUAUGCACGUUGAGGAAUUAGAUAACUCAAAGGUUAAUGAGACAGAGAAUUCAGAGGUAAACAAAGAUCAUGAGAUGCAAGAUACUCCAGGAGACCAAGAAAGUCAUAAGGAAAUGCCUAGUACAAUUAAGCUGGUUAACGACAUCCAGGACGAUUUUAAUGAUAAGCAAGAUAUGAGUGAGGAGGUGACUGAAACAAAGCAGGAUGUUGUGGAUACAGAAGAUUCGUCUAAUGAACUCAAAGUUAAGGAUGAUGGAGAUGAGGAGACACUUGUAGAGGACGAAUUAGAGCAAAUUAAGGAAAAUUGUGAACAGGAAACCAGUGAUAAAGCAGGACAAUCAGAAGAGCAAUAUGUGAAGCCUGAAGAGUUGAAAAGCAAUAAAGAGGUUAUUGACAGAGAGAGCAGUGGAGAGAUGGCACAGCAUGAAGAAGAAAAGAACCUGGAAUCUGUUGAGGAACCACAUGAAGAAGAGAAAGAUGAAUUAAAAGAACAUGAGCUGGUUAAAGAAACGCAAAUUAUAUACACGGGUGAGGAGGAGGAGAACCCAGAAGAAGUGGCUCUGCUACAGGAAAGUAGCACCACAAAUCUAGAUACAAUAAAUGAACAGAAACGUGAGACUCAUUAUUACAGUUCUGAGGACAUGCAACAACCUGCAGUGGAAGAAAAUAUUAAUAUUGAAGAGAAUGUGCAUAACUUGAGUCUCGAGGAACUACAAGAAAUUGUGUCCAACAAUGAUCAAGUCUCCAUAAAUAGCAAGGAGAGUAGCCUAGAAAAUGUUUAUGAAGAUAAAAAUGAGUCAGUAUUUGAUCUAUCAAAAGCUACUGAACUAGAUGAACAAACUGCUGAUUUGAAUGUUAAGCAAGAGUAUAGCGACAAAUUAGUAAAUAUAAGUGAUGAUGUUGACAUACACAUAGAUGAACUUAAUAACAGACAUAAUAUAGAGACUGAUAACAGCAGUGGUAACAAUAAGGUGGAAGAGGAAACAGAAGAUGAACCCACAGUAACUUCAGAUAGUAAUAACAAAAAUGUCACUAGUCCAGUCAAUAGUGAACCUACUGUAGAGACAACAGUAGAUGAGCCACAAGUCAGUAUUAGUAGUAGUAAGGUGGCAGAAGAUCUCACACUUGUAAAUGAUUCAAAAGAUGAUUCAACAAUCUUUCCAUCAACACAGACCACUAUUUCACAAAGCCCCAGAGCAACCACUCUCAGUCCAAAAAUACUACACAAGUUUUAUAGCAAUAUUCUUACCUAUAUGAAUGCAGAUGAGGUAGUGAUUCUAAUACACAGUUUUGGUGAACAUAAGAUGCAGUUUCUGGAUUAUAUUUUGGGCGGUCUUGACACAGCGACUGGUGAACAUGAGGCUGAUCUAUCCAUAUUGUUGGAUAUAGAAAGACUUUUGAGUUACCACAUGGAAACAUUGAUGACUCCUAGUGUUAGAAGUGAUAGUGCUGUUCAAGAGGAUAAGGAGAAAAACAGAACCUUCAUUGCUCUGCAGAAACUAGAAAUUGUUUUAGAAAAAGUAAAAGAGCAAUUUAAUAUGAUCAAAACUGACACUGUCAACAGUGAGCAAGAACAAGAUAAGGACAAAGAAAUAAAUAAUGAAAUCUUGGAGGAAAUGCAUGAUACAGGAGAAAUCCAAGCAGAAGACCAAAGCCAUGAUAUGGAAGGAAUGCCUAACAAGAUUUUGGACGUCCUUGACAAGAUGGCUACAGAUGCUCUGACACAAACUCGUGCUACAUGGGAACUCAUCACCUGGUUUACUCUGCAGGCUGGCAGUAUGAUCUUACACUGUAGGCUACAAGUCAAGCCACUUGGCAAGAGAUUCUGGGGCUAGGCUGUAUUCCAAGUUUUGAGUGGAGUUGAGUUAUCUGUGUGCCGCCA